CACGUCGCCCUAUCCUGGAAACCCCACCCCUUCUGUUCCUCCUAAAAUGUUUGAGGAAAAGGUAAAGUAACCAGUGGCCAGCGGUGUGCAUGAUCUGUACUCGAAUCAUUCUCUCCGUAGAGGUAGAGGCGAUCCGGACCACCCUAAUUACUCAUCCAGACUUCCCUUCCAUAAGUAUGGCCUUUUGGUAGUGUAGAUCAUUGCUGAGUCACACAAGGAAGGGGCAACGAUGGAACUGCAAAUGAAACCAGGGCCGCAACACCGACGGGAACAGCAACUGCAACUGCAACUGCCGGAGCAGCCCCAGCAACAGAAGCCGCAAAGGCCCUCCUCUUUUUCCCAGUCAAUACCAGUCAAUGGUGUCAAAGUAACGGAGAAGGAGUGGGUGAUCUCGAUUUGGGAGAGGCUUGAACAAGCCCAUCUCGCUUCUUCAAGGUCGAAGCUCUGCAUUUACAGAGUCCCCGAAUGCCUCCGAGAGAACGACGACAAGGCCUUCAUCCCCCAAGUCGUCUCCCUGGGUCCUUACCAUCACAAACGCAACGAGAGCCUCCGCGACAUGGAAGAGCACAAACUGCGCUCCCUCGAUCUGAUUCUCAAGCGAACCAGUCAAGAUGUCAAGCUCUACCUUGAUUCCAUCAGUGAGGUCGAAGUCCAAGCUCGCAACUGCUACGUAGGUCCAAUCUCUCACACCAGCCACGAGUUUGUAUAUAUGAUGGUUCUCGAUGGUUGCUUCAUGCUCGAGAUCUUCCAAGGUGCUGUGGAUGGCUUCGAGCAACUGGGCUACCCACGGAAUGACCCAAUCUUCGCAUGGCGCAGCGUUAUGCACUCCAUCCGCCAGGAUAUGGUUAUGCUCGAGAACCAGAUCCCACUCUUCAUCCUCGAUCGCCUUCUCGAACUCCAGUUCGGUGUCAAUGGAGGACCAGGCGUGAGACCCCAAGCAGCCCAGCUCGCACUCAGGUUCCUCGACUUCGUCGACUCUCUCAUGUCGACGGACGAGACAUUGCGGAAUAGAUAUUGGAAGAAGCGGACCAAAUACGCAAACACAGACCUCGACGGCCUCCAUUGCCUCGACUUAUUACGCAGAAAGCCCAUGGACUUGCCUACGAAUUGGAUGAGAUGGAAGCCGCAGCCGUUGGAUGCGAUGGAUAAGCAGCGGCAGCAACUGGUCCGCUGCGCAACAGAGUUGAGGGUGGCAGGGGUGAAGUUCAGGAAGAGGAAUACAGAGCGAUUCUGGGAGGUGAAGUUCAAAAAUGGAACCCUUUGCAUCCCAAGGCUGUUGGUUCAUGAUGGGACCAAAUCGCUCUUACUGAACAUGAAAGCUUACGAGCACUGUCACAUCGAUUGUGGUAACGAAGUCACUUCUUACUUGAUCUUGAUGGAUGCUCAGAACCAGAUGGGUCAGCUGAUCCUCCGGGCCGAGGCCAUGAGUCGGGAGCUCGAGGCCAGCGAGAGGGAGAAGGUCUCCCUAGACAACGAACGCUCCACCCUCCUCGAGAAGGUGGAGCACCUGGAGUGCGACCUGGCCCUCGAGCGCCGAGAGUGCGAACGGAAGCUCUCGGAGUUGAAGUCGCAGGUGAGGGCCCGCCUUCUGGAAGCCGAAGCUCGAGGGGUCGAGAAGUAUCGGUCCUCCGAGGCCUUCAAGGAGGAGAUCACGAAGGCCAUCGCCCCAGGGUACACCAUGGGUGCUACCGAGGUCCGAGAUUGGGUCCUCGGGCACUACCCUGGGGUUUCCUUUGCAGACAGCGGCCUCAUCUUCGAGGACGACGAUGUGGAGGCGGUGCCAUCGGCCACCGAAGUUGCCGAAGCCGACGGUGGAGGCGGCAGCGAGGAAGGAGAGAUUCAGCCGCAUCGGGAAGUCCCUCCAACCCCUGGUCGUGGAGGUUCGGACCAGGAAGCACUCCCCGCCGAAGACGAGGCCGCGAACCCGACGGACGUUCCUUAA